AUGUUUUGUAUUUCAGGUGAAAGCGGUGCAGGAAAGACAGAGGCCAGUAAAUACAUCAUGCAGUACAUUGCGGCCAUCACAAACCCAGGCCAGAGGGCUGAGGUUGAGAGUGUGAAGAAUGUGCUGCUCAAAUCCAACUGUGUGCUGGAGGCCUUUGGGAACGCCAAGACAAAUCGCAACGACAACUCCAGCCGCUUUGGCAAGUAUAUGGACAUCAACUUCAACUUCAAUGGGGAACCCACCGGAGGACACAUCAACAACUACCUGCUGGAGAAGUCCAGGGUGGUCCAGCAGCAGGACGGGGAGAGGAACUUCCACUCGUUCUACCAGUUGCUGCGUGGAGGCUCAGAUGAAAUGCUGGAGUCGUUUCAUCUACAGAGCGAUCCUGCUGUUUAUACGUACACCAAAGAGGGAGCUGCAACUGCUACCUCCAACAAUGAUCGCUUAAGCCACAAAGCGGUGAUGAGUGCUCUGGAAGUGAUCGGCUUCUCUAAAGAGGAGGUUAAUUCAAUUUAUCAGAUCCUGGCCUCCAUUCUUCUGUUGGGUAAUGUGCAGUUUGAGAGCGAUGGUGAAAGCGUUCAGAUCGUGGGACUUGAAGCCGUUAAUCACAUCUCUGAGCUGACGGCCACAGAGGCGGACAGCGUCAGUAAGAGCCUGCUGUACCGCACUGUGGCCACUGGGGGCGGCGAGGUCAUUGAGAAGGGACACACUGAGCAGGACGCCUGCUUCGGACGGGACGCUUUUGCCAAGGCUCUAUACGAGAGACUUUUUGGCUGGAUCGUAAGCCGCAUCAACAGCGUCAUUGAAGUCAAAGACUACAACCCAAUGCUUCAUGGGAAGAACACAGUCAUUGGCGUGCUGGAUAUAUACGGCUUUGAGAUCUUUGACAACAACAGUUUUGAACAGUUCUGCAUCAACUACUGCAAUGAGAAGCUGCAACAGCUCUUCAUUGAGCUGAUCCUCAGGCAGGAGCAAGGCGAAUACCAGAGAGAGGGCAUCACCUGGCAACAU